UUCCUCCUGUCGGGCUGGCUUGACGGUGGUGUGUCAAACUGAAGCAGUCGUCCAGCGGAGUCUCAGCCAGCAGGUCCUGACUGUCGGUGUGGAUAUGAGAGCAAGUCAGAUGCGUUAAAGCAGCAGACACCGGGUGUGCAGGCCGCUGUACACAGCAUCCAUCUGAGCGGGACUACCCACCGGCCCCGGGGCUGCUGACCGUUGCUACCUGUCUGUUAGCUAGCUAGCUAACCUCAACCCGAUAACUUUACCAGUUUAAGGCGGUUUAAGGCUUGACCAGUGUGGGGGAAAAGCGGGGCCUCUGGCUACUACGACUUGGUUCACAGCUGCCCUGGAGAGCGAAACACCCCGGUUUAUUUCCCGGAGCUACAUCCCGCUGAGAUGGACAACCUGAGUGAAGCCCUGGAGAAGCUGAAGCUUGCGUCGACAGACAGCGCCACUGACAGCGUGGAGAGCUGUCUGGACUGUCUGCUGAAAGCACUCGCCAACAACAACACUGAAGCCAGUGUGAAGAUCCAGGAAAUGGGAGUCCUCCCACUGCUUCCCAGCCUGCUAAACCCCCAGUCUUCCUGCACCCCCAAAGUAGCCAACAUCAUUGCUGAGGUGGCCAAAAAUGAGUUCAUGCGGAGUCCGUGUGUUGAAGCCGGCCUCAUCCCUCCUUUAAUUCAGCUGUUAAAUUCCACCGACCAGGAGGUUUUACUGCAGACUGGCCGUGCUCUUGGAAACAUCUGCUAUGACAGCCAUGAGGGCAGGAGUGCAGUUGACCUGGCAGGAGGGGCUCAGAUAGUAGCUGAACACAUUAAAUCCCUCUCCCAAAAUACUGAGCCGGAAAAUGAGAAGCUCUUGACUGUCUUUUGUGGCAUGCUGAUGAACUAUAGCAAUGAUAAUGAUUCCUUACAAGCCCAGCUGAUCAAUAUGGGUGUCAUCCCCACUCUGGUGAAGCUGCUAGGCAUCCACUCCCACAACACAGCCCUGACAGAAAUGUGUCUCAUUGCUUUUGGGAAUUUGGCUGAGCUUGAGUCCAGCAAAGAGCAGUUUGCCUCCACUAACAUCGCUGAGGAGCUGGUGCGCCUAUUCCAGAAGCAGACAGAGCACGAGAAGAAGGAAAUGAUAUUUGAGGUGCUGGCUCCACUCGCAGAAAAUGAUGCGAUAAAGCUACAGCUGGUGGAGGCUGGCUUGGUGGAGUGUCUGCUGGAUGUGGUGGCUCAGACUGUGGACGGCGAGAGAGAGGAGGACAUCGCCCAGCUCAAGACUGCUUCAGACCUGAUGGUUCUCCUGCUACUGGGAGAUGAGUCCAUGCAGAAGCUGUUUGAGGGAGGAAAAGGCAGCGUCUUCCAGAGAGUUCUGUCCUGGAUUCCAUCUCAUAACCAUCAGCUGCAGCUGGCGGGGGCUCUUGCUAUCGCUAACUUUGCUCGAAAUGAUGGGAAUUGCAUCCACAUGGUGGACACCGGUAUUGUGCAGAAGCUUCUGGAGCUCCUGGAUCGACACGUGGAAGAAGGAAACGUCACAGUCCAACACGCCGCCCUCAGCGCUCUGCGGAACCUGGCCAUACCUGUUGUGAACAAAUCCAAGAUGCUGUCUGCUGGUGUAGCCGACGUGGUGUUAAAGUUUUUGCCAUCAGAGAUGCCUCCAGUCCAGUUUAAACUCCUGGGAACAUUACGCAUGCUUAUCGAUACACAAGCUGAAGCCGCAGACCAACUGGGAACCAAUGGGAAACUGGUGGAGCGGCUAGUGGAGUGGUGCGAAGCCAAAGAUCACGCUGGAGUGAUGGGCGAGUCCAACAGGCUGCUGUCGGCUCUGAUUCGACACAGCAAGUCAAAGGAAGUGGUCAGAACCGUCAUCCAGGGAGGGGGAGUCAAGCACUUAGUUACCAUGGCAACAAGCGAGCAUAUGAUUAUGCAGAAUGAAGCACUGGUGGCUUUGGGUCUCAUAGCAGCGCUGGAUUUGGUUGCAGCUGAGAAGGACUUUGUUGGAGCCAGUCUGGUGUCAGUCCUUCACAAACUGCUGUCAGAUGAGAGGAGCGCACCAGAGAUAAAGUACAACUCUAUGAUCCUCAUCUGUGCUGUCAUGGGCUCUGAGCCUCUCCACAAAGAAGUCCAGAGCCUGGCGUUCAUCGACGUCGUGUCCAAGCUGAGGGCUCAUGAAAACAAGACGGUAUCGCACCAGGCGUCGCUCACAGAGCAGCGACUAACUGCCCAGAGCUAAAUGACUGUAUCCACCUCCUCCCACACACACACACACACACACACACACACACACACACACACACACACACACACACACACACACACACACAAAUGCCUGCCUGACCACCUCUCCACCCAGUGACACCUCCAUGACUGCUCUUCCCUGUGCCCCAUCGUCAUGUGCCAAGGUACCAUGUUGCGUUUACUGCCAGCCAGACGUACAGUCACACCCCAACCCCCUUGCCCCCCACCUCUGCUAGGGUUAGACUGAUGUGUGCUGUGGAAGGCCUGUGCUUUGCGCUUGUACACAGAUCUCACAAUCAGAGCAUUUUCUUUAAUUUAGUUUUGAAACAUUAGACUUCACCCAGAAAUGAACACUUGUUGGGGUGGAAAAGCCUCUGGAAGUGUUUUUAGAACCACAGGACACUGAGGGUGUCCUCUGAAAGCCAUAAUAAUGAGACUGAUUCAGCUGGGUUAGCGGUUUUCUCACCGUAGGCCUCUUGUUCUUGGACAGAUGGAUGCAUUAGUCUAACCCUAGUCCCCACCUCUACUUGUGCAUGCAUCUUCUGCUACAAGUAGCUCCACAGGAGCUGAGGCGCCAUAAACAGCCUAACGCAAUAGAUAAGAGACGACACUCUUUAACGACCAUAGCUGUGAUGCCAUCCGCAGGUAACCCACCAGUGAAAAUGUGCACAAAAGAACAAAAAAAUCCUGUCGUGAUUUUUCUUUAAUUUUUAAGAAAAAGCAGCCAUCCAUGAUGUGCCCAGUCGUGUCCCAUGUAGCUCGAGUAUAAAUUGACUAGAAACUGUGCAUGUUUUAGUCCUGAUGAAGGUGUGCCAGUGUUCAUUUACCUCUCUACAGCUCGCGUACUUUACAGCCGCCUCCUCUUGUACACUCCUUUUUAUCGUUUCUGUACAUGGAUCGAGAGGUUUUUUUUUUCAGGUUUUAAAGUCCCACGUUUGUGGAGACACUUUCCCCUAUCCAAACAGUGAAGCUCCACAAGCUUCACCCCCUUUUGCUGAGAGAAGCGUGUUGAGAAAAGGUCCAAAUUCUUGAGCUAAAUGGGAAAUAAAGUCUGUUAAAAGGAAAUUUAGAGGUGGACAUGUAAAGCUGUCAGAUACUCUUCUUCCAUGGUCUUCAUCUUGA